UGGGCGAGGGAGUUACAAUGAAAGAGUGAGCAAUUUUAUUUUUGUUUUCAUUUUAGUCUUGAGCCAAGAAAACGGAGUUGUUGAAUAAACAGGUGUUAUACUUAUAUCAUUGUGUAACAAACCUCCCAAAUUUAGUGGAAUAAGACAACAACUCACUCAUGGAAUUUAUUCUCAUGGAUUGAGUGGGAGAGCACAAUGGUGGUGGCUUGUCGCUGUCACUUGGUGUUUCGGGUGUCAGCUGGGAAAACUCAGUGGGCUAGGCUGACUCAAAGCCCGGGGGCUGAAACAGCUGGGAGAGAGGAUUCACUGCUGAAAUGAGGGAUAUGGAAUUUAGGGAGUAAAUACGCUAUCAUUUUUACUUAAUUCAGAAGGAAGGAGGAGUCUAUUGAAAAUGGGAUAUGAGGUAGGAGACUAGGGGAGAAAUGUGACAAUUUGAAAUAUCUUCUAAAAGGAGAGACAUUGGAAGUCACUCAAGCCCAAGAAUUUUUGGGUGAUAUUUAAGGUUCAACGCAAGUUUUGAGUGUGUAGUUUCAAUAAUCUAUGCAAUUGCAUUAUUUUCACCUAUAUGCUAUGCUAGUAGAGUGGUAGCCAAGCAAUUUCCUGGGUUCAGAAGAGUCCGAUUAUACCCCAUCCCAUCUUUAGAUAUUUUUCCUCUUUGUAGAUUUAUAUGUAUCUGGAGAAAGAAAAGCAACAGCUAGACUUUAAACAAAGGAAUGAAGAAGGGAUACUUACCUAAGCAAAGUGUUGUGAAAAGGUCUAAUGUUAAGCCUGAGAUUUGGGGAGUGGGGCAAGAUGAACCGUCAGACAUACUUGUCAUAGACGAUACAAGUUUCAGAGGUGGUGUUCACACUUGCCCUUCUCACCAGCUAUUCCUACUCCAUGUCUUUGAGAGGAGAUAUGAAGUGAAUAGUGAUAAAAAUCAAAACAAAUGAUAGUAACAAUGGCAAGCUCUGUUCAUUAUACCAUGUAAUAAAUACAUAAUGUGACACUUUUGUAAAGUAACAUUAUACUUUUGUUGAAUGUCUGAAGGGUGUCUGAUGAGGUGAGAUCUACAGUAAAAUGUUUGGAUAUUUACUAAAUAAUUUUAAGAAUCUAGUCCUCUAUAGUCUUAUUCUGACAGAUUAAAAAAGAUACUCUCAAUCUGUGGGCUAUGUGACUGAAUGAGAACUUUCUUGAAGUGCAUUCCCAUUUCUAAUCAAGAACAAAUCCAUAAAUAUUACUUAGUUCCUCUACACAAGGAAUAUAUUGAAUUGUUUGCCUAUAUACCUGUAUAGUAACAUUUUAAAGAAAAUUUUCACUCCUUUCUGCUAGUUAAGUCCCCAAAACAAUUAAUAAUUCUUAAUUAGUUAAUCCAAUGAAUCCAAUUGAAUUAAGUGAUUGUAUUGACUAUUUGAUUGUACUAACCAAUUUAGUCAAAACUCUUUACCCCCUAUAUUUCAUUGGUUUUAAGAUGAGGACUUUAUUAAAAAAAUAUUUUAGUACUCUCACUUUGAGAUUCUUUUAUAAUCGAUUGUGUGUCAUUGCUUUACUGGAAGCAUUUUCUCUCUUUCUCAGUGGUCCAUAAAAUAAUGCUGCAAUCUAUAUUCUGUGACAUCAUCGAUUCACAUAAAUGCAAUAGAAUUCCUAGGCAACGCACCCCCGAAGUGUAUACCCAGGCUGAGGUGUUUGUGGGGGGAGCAGCAGGCGCUACUCGCGGGGCGCCGUCACGUGAUCCGGGGAUAAGGUGGAGUUCGGCUUUAAGGGGGCGUCUCUUCCUAUCUUCAUCAAUCUUUAGGAUUUGAGCAGGAGAAAUACCAGCGGAUCUUUUCUCCCGGCUCUAUCCCUUCCAUUGCCAUUCUUCCCGCUUUAAUAAACGGGCGAAAACGACGAAUCCAACAGAGGGUAGUAACAGCACUAAGAACAGCAAGCAGUGAAAGACCAGCAUUCCAAUUGGAAAGGAUAAGGAAAUUUCCCUUUGGAAGGGGGCCAAUUUUCCAUCUGAUGAUAUUGUUCAGUUCAAGGGAAUGAAGAAUUCAGAAUAAUUUUCAUAAAUGGAUUGCAAUAUGAAGAAUAAGAAUAAGCUGAAUAUUUGAUCUGCUUGAAGAAACAUAUUUUCCAUUUGUCUAGAAUAAUCUAUAACAACCAAACCAAUCAAAAUGAAUUCAACAUUAAUGUCCCAGGUUGAAAAUCAUUCAAUCCUAUGUAACUUUUCAGAGAAUUCCCAGUUUUUGGCUUUUGAAAGUGAUGAUUGCCAUCUGCCCUUGGCCAUGAUAUUUACGUUAGCUCUUGCUUAUGGAGCUGUAAUAAUUCUUGGAGUCUCUGGAAACCUGGCGUUGAUCAUAAUCAUCUUGAAACAAAAGGAGAUGAGAAAUGUUACCAAUAUCCUGAUAGUGAACCUUUCCUUCUCAGACUUGCUUGUUGCCAUCAUGUGUCUCCCCUUCACAUUUGUCUACACAUUAAUGGACCACUGGGUUUUUGGUGAGGCAAUGUGCAAAUUGAAUCCUUUUGUGCAAUGUGUUUCAAUCACUGUGUCCAUUUUCUCUCUGGUUCUGAUCGCCGUGGAGCGACAUCAGCUGAUAAUCAACCCACGAGGGUGGAGACCAAAUAACAGACAUGCUUACGUAGGUAUUGCCGUCAUUUGGAUCCUUGCUGUGGUUUCUUCUCUACCUUUUCUCAUCUAUCAAGUACUGACCGAUGAACCGUUCCAGAACGUGACACUUGACGCGUUCAAGGACAAGUACGUGUGUUUUGAUAAAUUUCCAUCGGACUCUCAUAGGUUGUCUUACACAACUCUCCUCUUGAUGCUGCAGUAUUUUGGCCCACUCUGUUUUAUAUUUAUUUGCUACUUCAAGAUAUAUAUACGCUUAAAAAGGAGAAACAAUAUGAUGGACAAGAUGAGAGACAAUAAGUACAGGUCCAGUGAAACCAAAAGAAUCAACGUCAUGCUGUUGUCCAUUGUGGUAGCAUUUGCUGUCUGCUGGCUGCCUCUUACCAUCUUUAACACUGUGUUUGAUUGGAAUCAUCAGAUCAUUGCUACGUGCAACCAUAAUCUACUAUUCUUGCUCUGCCAUCUCACAGCAAUGAUAUCCACUUGUGUCAACCCCAUAUUUUAUGGAUUUCUCAACAAAAAUUUCCAGAGAGACUUACAGUUCUUCUUUAACUUUUGUGAUUUCCGGUCCCGGGAUGAUGACUAUGAGACAAUAGCCAUGUCUACCAUGCACACAGAUGUUUCUAAGACUUCUUUGAAACAAGCAAGCCCAGUCGCAUUUAAGAAAAUCAACAACGAUGAUAAUGAAAAAAUCUGAAACUGCUCUAGCAUAUGGCCCCAGAUGACACCUGUCUAAAAACAAGCACAACCCACAACAAUACUUUUAUUCCCCCAAGGAGUGAGGUUGUAAUCAUUUAAGAAAGACCAAGAUUUGUUUGUGUUGCUUUUUACUGCUUUAAUUGUAACUGUCAUAAUUAAAUUCGGACAAAAUGUAUGGACUUUGGAAUUUUCUGACAUUAGUUUGACCAGACAUCCUUGAAGUGCUUUUUGUAAAUGUAUGCAUAUAAUACAAAGACUUUUAUAUUUGACUUGUUGGAAUAAAAUUGCUUUAAAGGACUACUACUGACUGACUUUAGAAGCACGGUAUCUGAUACGCAUUAGAUUGGGCUAUCCCUAUUUGAUUAGGUUACACGGUCAAUAGAUUGGGCAAUCCUGAUGUAAUGAUAGACAUUUCAAUCUGUUACAGAGGUGACAGCAAAAGCAGCAUUCGAGAUGUGGAGCUGAGUCUCUGUCUUACAUACCUACAGUCUGAAGUCAUUGAAGAGUGAUUUGCAUUUUUUUAAAAAUUUAAGACAGGAUUUAAUUUGCUCCUGAUUUAUCACUUAAGAUAAAAAUGCAUAAAAAUACUUCUCAGCUGUGAAUAUCAUGGGGAAUUGGGCCACCCACAAGAAUUAAGUGGGAAAGCAGUUCUCUAACUUCAAAACUAUUUUGGUACCUGACAACCAAAGGGUUUCAGAGCAAUUAAUUUAACAAGCAAACUAGUAGUGCAGCAAAUAGUUGAAUUAUAUUCAUCUGAAUUGUUGGUCAAGAGGCUUUCCAUUCUUCACAAACUGUUCAGUGUUUGUCCAGUUUUCUAGCCUAAAUACAUAUGUGGCUUAAAGGUAUUUCCAGCUUUCGAUAUAUAAAAACACAGAGUAUAUUUUCCAUACAUCAGUGCCUAUAUAGUAACUCAUUUUUAACUUUUCAAUGUCCGUUUUUCAAAGGAGGACACCAAAGUAUAAUGUUAAAAGAAUGUUCACCCUGGCUGGCAGGGAUAAAUACCUGAAAACUGAGAACACUUCAUAUAGCCCAUUUUAACUUGUAUAAACUGUGUGCCUUGUGUAGUUUUGUAAAUAAUGUACUGUAUAGAGUACUAAGUGGUUGUGUUAUAUUAAUAUACUUAAUUUCAUGCAUCCUGUAUUCAUGAUUGAGCCUCAGAGUCAUUUGGAGAGAAGAUAUUUUAAAGAACAAGAUACAACUUCAGUGUAUUAUAAACGUAUUAAAUGUGUUUGAUUUUAGAAGGCA